GUUCUAGAGAACCUGUACUUUGCUUCAACCUAUAGUCAUGUUCUCUCUCGCAAGACGUGCUGCUGCUUCUCGUGCAUCCACUAGGACCUUUACAUCCUCCAGUGUUCGCGCUUCUGAUCUUGCGAAAUUAAUCCUCGUUGGUCGUCUUGGAAAGGAUCCGGAAGUUAGAAAAACCAGGAGUGAUAAGGAGUACAUCUCGUAUACCGUUGCGACCGCCAACUAUCCUCCUCCGCCUCCCAAUCCCGACGGCACGAGACCAGAAGCGAAGUCUACGUGGCACACCAUUCUUUCGUUCAACCCAAGCUCGAACAAUUACCUCCGCACUCUUCACAAAGGUUCUCAGGUCUAUGUUGAGGCUAACUACGAGCUGAGGGAGCCCGACCCGACUGCCGACCCCGAUACCCCUCAAGGACAACGCCAGAUUUUCCUGCGUCACGAAAACAUCAGAGUCCUCAGGUCUGCCCCUAACCGGUCUUCAUCAGAGGAUGAGUCGGUGUAAUUAGACUACGCUGGCGUUGCGGUUAAUAUUAUUGUAUCGUAUGCCUAUGCUGUGCUAUUACUGGUCAUAAUCCCUACGGUCAUGUUCGGUUUCGUGGCUGUAGUCGUCACGACCGUGCAUCAACGAGCUGGCUGCCGGUUCGCGCAUCCACAUC